AACAAAUGAACGUCACUCUUCCAGCCCAGCACAGCAGCCGAAGCAAGAUCAGCUGGGUUUGGCGUUGAUUGUGAUUGUGCUAAAGUUUCAAGUCUUCGUCCAAGGAUGCCUCCCAGGUCGUUUGGUUGGUUCGACAGUCCCGAUGGCGAGGACAUUCUGCAGAAGAUAAACCUCGCGUCAAAAGUGGGCUUCGUCGCUGGGAUGCCCCUUGCCAUCUACGAUCAUUGCAUGAACCGCCAGGCAACUUUGAAAGGUUAUGCCUUCCGAGCCUCUGCUUGCAUUCUUCCUUGCGUUGGCGCUGGAGCGGCCUUCGCUCUGACGACGCAAAGCCUCUGCAAGAAGUUCCCCAAGACGAACCCCGAGUGGUGGUACAUGGUGGGCGGCGUGGCCUCGGCGUCCGUGAUCGGAGGGGCUGUUAAGAGCGUCAAAGUCGGUGCUGUUCUCUCCUUCUACUUUGCCAUCUCCGGUGCCCUCGCCCGCAACUUGUGCGACGGCAAGCUGCCUGCUAUUAUGUUUGGUACACUGCCGCAGCAGCUCAACAACGACGACGAAUUAUUGCAACAAGACUACAGAAUCGACCCUCAGCCAAUGUGGAAUAUGCCUCUCCCAAUGGCACGUCCGGCUAGGCCUCACUCUGAUUUGGGUUUUUAUUGAUUUUACUAUUGUCAAGCUAGAUUUGUCUAUUAAUGUACAUAAACUUGUUUAAAUCUAGAAACUCUCCUGUGUCUGUGAAAUAUUGAUGAAAAUACAUGCUGUCAAUCCAGUUAAA